AUGAGAGUCGCCAGAUCCAUCAACGUCGUGGGCUGCCACUGUGCCGGCGAAGUAUGCGACGUAAUCGUCGGGGGUGUUUUGAAUCCCUCGGGAUGCAGCACCAUGUAUGAGAAGCUCGUUCACUUUCGCGACAAAGAAGACCAUAUCCGCCAGCUUCUCAUGCAAGAGCCUCGGGGGCGACCGGCUAUGUGUGUGAAUCUCGUUUUACCUCCUUGCAACCCAAAGGCCGACGCUGGGUUCUUAAUCAUGGAGACUGAGGAAUACCCUGCCAUGUCUGGAGGAAACACCAUUGCCACUACGACUGUUCUCCUGGAGACAGGCAUGGUGCCCAUGACUGAACCAGUCACCAAGAUAAUCCUGGAAACCCCAGCAGGUCUAGUGCCCGUCACCGCGGACUGCGAGGGUGGGAAGUGCAAGGCGGUUGCAUUUGACAACGUCCCUUCGCUUGUUUUCGCCCUGGAUUACAAGGUCGAUGUCCCUGGACUGGGGACUGUCUCGGUGGACAUUGCAUGGGGAGGAAUGAUCUACGGGAUUGUCGAUGCGACUUCACUUGGGAUUAGCAUCAGCAACCAGAACGGGCCGAAGUUGAUUGAAUACGGAGAGCGGAUCAAAGAUGCUCUCCAAAAGGCUCCAUUUGUUCCCAUCCAUCCGGAGAACCCCAGCAUAAGAGGCGUAAGUAUCCUUGAAUUUACAGAGCCACUUCAGCGGGAUACUAUGACGGCCGUCAAUACCGUUGUGGUUUCUCCAGGGCGAUUCGAUCGGUGCCCGUGUGGCACAGGAAGCUGCGCAAGAAUGGCAGUACUUCAUGCCCGUGGUCAGCUCGCAGUAGGCGAGAGAUUCCAGCAUCAUAGCAUCAUUGGAAGCACUUUCGAGUGCCACAUCCGCGGGACAGAAAUUGGGGGACUAUGA